AUGGGCAACAUAGGAAGGAUAUUCUGUGUGGCUCUGCCCUUCAUCCUGACAGUGGCCAGUUUGAUCGCCAUGCUGGUCGCCGGUCUCUCAGGAGUAACUGACAAGAGCAUGUACUUGUUCAAGGUCAACGUCACCGACCUCUCCAUCAGCUCCUCAUCUAUUACCAGCUUGUUGAGCGACCGGGGCCUGCACCAGCGUGAUCUUUCAGACUCCAUCAUUGCUGCCACUGGCGGCUCUUCUGGCGAUACCUCCGGUCUUCUCGCCACUGCCUCCUCCGCCGCCGCCGCCGCAGGUGCCACUUCAGCAGCCGAUGCCGAGUCUGCCAUUUCCGGUCUAAUCAGCGGUACCAACAUCACCGCUUCCGACCUCGGCCUGGCUGAUGCCUACUUCGUCAGUCUCUGGGGCUACUGCCAAACCACCGAGGCCGACGGCAAGACGUGCAAGAAGGCACAGUUCGACUGGGCAUCCAACGCCACCGAGAGCUUCCAGGACAAGCUGGACGCCGUGGCCGGCUCAUCUGGCGAGAAUGUCACUAUCCCUGACAGCAUCAAGACGGCCAUGAACACCUUCAGCACCGUGACUAAGUGGACCGAGGUUGUCUUCAUCAUCGCCUACGUCGCUCUCGGCAUCUCACUGGUCCUGGGCAUUUUCGCCAACUGCUCCCGUGCUUUCUCGUGCUGCACAUUCAUCACCUCUGCUUUCGCUGCAGUUGCCGUCUGUGCUGCCGCUGCUCUGGCCACUGCCAUGGCUUCCGUCGUGGUCGGCGUCGUUGAGGGUACAGCCAAGGUGUACGGUGUCACUGGUUCCAUCAACACGAACUUCCUGGCAGCCGUUUGGAUCGGUGCCGCUUUCGCCAUCGCCGCCGCCUUCUUCUGGAUGUUCACCAUCUGCUGCUGCGCUCCCGACCACAACCGGUCUCGUGGCAAGACCGGCGGGUUUGGCCGCAAGAAGCACCUCGACGACACCGAGAAGCUGCCCAUGUCCGGAGCUUACGCACCUAUCGGCGAGUCCCACCACAACAACACCUACGGUGCUGGCCACGAGACUGGCUAUACCAACACUGCUUAUGGCGGUGGAUACGGCCAGGCUCCUUCUUACGGCAACCCGCGAACAGGGCGCAACGAUCUGGCUUACGAGCCAUAUCAACACCGCUCCUAA